AUGACGGUGAAUAUAACUUCAAUCAAAACCGCAUCGGAUGGAGUUUGGCAAGGUGACAACCCUUUUGACUAUGCCUUUCCAUUGCUAAUUGUCCAAACUGCCCUUGUCCUCGCCGUCAGCCGCUCCCUCGCCUUCCUCUUCAAACCUCUCCGGCAACCCAAAGUCAUCGCCGAGAUCGUCGGUGGAAUUCUUUUGGGGCCGUCGGCGUUAGGCCGGAAUCAAGAGUACAUGCACCGGAUUUUUCCCCGUUGGAGCCUUCCGAUCCUCGAAUCUGUUGCAACCAUUGGCUUACUUUUCUUCCUCUUUCUAGUUGGCCUGGAGCUUGAUCUGAGCUCGAUCCGUCGGAGUGGAAAACGAGCAUUUGCAAUAGCAGCCGCCGGAAUCUCACUACCGUUCAUACUGGGUAUCGGAGUUGCGUUCGUUCUCCGGAAGACCAUCGACGGAGCUGAUAAAGUCGGCUAUGCUGAGUACUUUGUGUUCAUGGGUGUGGCUCUGUCCAUCACAGCUUUUCCGGUGCUCGCACGUAUUCUGGCGGAACUCAAGCUUUUAACCACCAGAGUAGGCGAGACCGCCAUGGCUGCCGCCGCGUUUAAUGAUAUCGUAGCAUGGAUUCUGCUUGCACUCGCCGUCGCACUUGCCGGAAAAGGAGAAGACGGUGGGCCUCAUAAAAGCCCAUUGAUUUCCGUAUGGGUUCUUCUCUCAGGAGUCGCGUUUGUGAUCUUCAUGAUGGUUGUAAUCCGGCCAGCCAUGAACUGGGUGGCUCAUCGGUCCUCACCGGAACACGACACGGUGGACGAAGCCUACAUUUGCUUGACACUAGCCACCGUUAUGGUCUCCGGCUUCAUUACAGAUCUCAUCGGCAUACAUGCCAUUUUCGGAGCUUUUAUCUUCGGAUUAACGAUCCCUAAGGGAGAUUUCGCCGAGAAAUUAAUAGAAAGAAUUGAAGACUUCGUCUCUGGAUUGCUUCUCCCAUUGUAUUUUGCUUCCAGUGGAUUGAAAACCGACGUCACGAAGAUCAGCGGAGGGAAGGCAUGGGGACUACUAGCAAUGGUGAUCACGGCGGCGUGUAGUGGCAAGAUUUUCGGGACGUUCAUUGUGGCGGUGAUGUGCAUGAUUCCGGUGAGGGAAUCGUUAACGCUAGGGUUGUUGAUGAAUACUAAGGGAUUGGUUGAACUCAUUGUUCUUAACAUCGGCAAAGAAAAAAAGGUUCUCAAUGAUGAGGUUUUUGCGAUACUAGUCCUCAUGGCACUUUUCACCACUUUCAUCACAACUCCGACGGUCAUGGCCGUCUACAAACCUGCCCGUAAUAACGGCGGCACAAGAUCCACCUGCUCCAGGAAGAAAGACGAACUACGUGUAUUGGCCUGUGUCCAUGGUCCGGGAAACAUAUCUUCGUUGAUCAACUUGAUUGAGUCAACUCGGUCUGUAAACAAGACCCGGCUCAAGCUCUACAUAAUGCACCUUGUGGAGCUCACGGAACGUACUUCGUCGAUCGUGAUGGUCCAACGUGUUCGUAGAAACGGUCUUCCGUUUGUUAGCCGGUUUAACAACCGCGCUCGUGCGUUUCACGAGCGAGUAGCGGUUGCCUUCCGAGCUUAUGCUCAGAUGGGCCAGGUUGUGGUUCGGACCACAACCGCCAUCUCAGCAUUGCCAACGAUGCACGAGGAUAUUUGCCACGUGGCAAAAGAGAAGAGGGUACCAAUGGUCAUAUUGCCAUUCCACAAGCGAUGGAUAAAAACGGACGGGUCGUAUCUGAUUGAGAAUGCGGGCCAUGGCUGGAGAGGGGUCAAUCAAAGAGUUCUAAACAACGCUCCAUGCUCGGUGGCGGUAUUAGUCGAUCGAGGGCUCGGUGGCGAGUCCCAACAAAACUUGGGACCCGCCAUCACAACACAAAAGGCGUGUGUGAUGUUUUUUGGUGGCCCCGAUGAUCGGGAGUGUCUGGAAUUGGGUGGAAGGAUGGUGGAGCAUCCGGCGGUCAACGUGACGGUGUUGAGAUUCGUGGAGGAUAAUAGGACGGAGCAGGACGGUGUUGGGCUAAAGCCGGCCCUCAGCAAAGGCAGAGAGAAGUAUACCUUCUCAACAGCAAUUAACCAUCCUGAAAAAGAGAGGGAGCGUGAUGAAAAGGCGAUGGAUGAAUUUACGAGGAGGUGGGAAGGAUUGGUGGGAUACAAAGAAGAAAAGGGAACGGACGUUGUUGAGAGCAUAUUGGGGAUAGGGAAAAGCGGUGAGUACGACCUGAUUGUGGUGGGAAAAGCACGGUGCCCGACCGCUAUGGUGGCUAGGUUAGCUGAUCGGCAAGCGGAGCACGCGGAGCUGGGGCCAGUUGGAGACCUGUUGGCAUCUUCAAACCAUGGUAUUGUGUCUUCCGUGCUUGUGAUUCAGCAACAUGAAAAGGUCGAGUCAGAAGAAGCAGAAGCAUCUGCUUUGGUUGUGAGGCAAAAUGAGGAGGCAGCAAAUGAGGUAUAGAAAUAGGACCAGAAAAUAAGUGGUGUUAAUACAUAAAGGGCACAAACUGUGAUAUUAAAUGCUAUCUUUUGUUCUGUUAAUUUCAUUUUU